GUGAAUGUGUGCUUGUGAGAAAGGAGUGAAAGAGGGAGAGGAAUAGUGUGUGUGUGAGUGUGUGUGCGCGUGUGCGUGUGUCCGUGCUAGGAGGAUCUCUCGGGGGGCGGGCGGCUAGGACUUUUCUGGCGGAUAAGCCGCCGCCGCCGCCGCCGCCGCCGCCGCCCCGGCCCCGGCGCUUCUCAUUGCGCAGGUUUGGAGCGCGCGCCAUUUUGUGAGAUUUACAAAAUCUUGCUCGGAAAGGAGCCGGGAGUCACUGAGACUGAGGCACCCUGUGCCACGGCCGCCCGGGAGAGGCCGCCGCCACCGCCGCCCUCUACGCCGCGCCCGGCCUCCCCCGGCCUAGCUCGGCCUCGCACUACUGCCCGGCAGAUCCUUGGAGUCCGGGGACUGCGGUAUUUGCCGGGGAGGGGGGUUGUCGCCUUCUUGGUCUCUGGCGCUGCUGAAAUAGGGAGACUGAGACGCAGUGGCUGGUGAGUGAAGUCGGGAAGUGCCGGGGGCGGAGAGAGGCGGCCGGGGCGGUGCUGGAUCCGGAGGCCCUCGGAUGGGAUUGUAACUGCGGGAAGCCGGGGACCAGGACCCGAGAGCAGCCGCCGUCGUCUCGUGUUUGUAGUUUUGCUGCUGGACUCUUCCCUCCCUUCCCCCACCCCAUCAGGAUGAUAUGAGAGUUGAAAGAAGACGAUGCAUACAGGAGAGACUUCAGCAUGCAAACCUUCAUCUGUUCGCCUUGCACCAUCAUUUUCAUUCCAUGCCGCUGGUCUUCAGAUGGCUGGACAAAUGCCCCAUUCACAUCAGCAGUACAGUGACCGUCGUCAGCCAAACAUAAGUGACCAACAGGUUUCUGCCUUAUCUUACACUGACCAGAUUCAACAGCCUCUAACUAACCAGGUGAUACCUGAUAUUGUCAUGUUACAGAGACGGAUGCCCCAAACCUUCCGUGAUCCAGCAACUGCUCCUUUGAGGAAACUCUCUGUUGACUUGAUCAAAACAUACAAACAUAUUAAUGAGGUUUACUAUGCAAAAAAGAAGCGAAGACAUCAACAGGGCCAAGGAGAUGAUUCUAGUCAUAAGAAGGAGCGGAAAGUUUACAAUGAUGGCUACGAUGAUGAUAACUAUGAUUAUAUUGUAAAAAAUGGGGAAAAAUGGAUGGAUCGUUAUGAAAUUGACUCUUUAAUAGGAAAGGGUUCCUUUGGACAGGUUGUAAAGGCAUAUGAUCGUGUGGAGCAGGAGUGGGUUGCCAUUAAAAUUAUUAAGAACAAGAAGGCUUUUUUAAAUCAAGCCCAAAUUGAAGUGCGACUUCUUGAGCUUAUGAACAAACAUGACACUGAAAUGAAAUAUUACAUAGUGCAUUUGAAACGCCACUUUAUGUUCCGAAACCAUCUCUGCUUAGUUUUUGAAAUGUUGUCUUAUAAUCUUUAUGACUUGUUAAGAAACACAAAUUUUCGAGGUGUCUCUUUGAACCUAACACGAAAAUUUGCACAACAGAUGUGCACUGCACUGCUUUUCCUUGCAACUCCAGAACUUAGUAUCAUUCACUGUGACCUCAAACCUGAGAAUAUUCUUCUCUGUAACCCUAAACGCAGCGCUAUCAAGAUUGUUGACUUUGGAAGUUCUUGUCAACUGGGACAGAGGAUAUACCAGUAUAUCCAGAGUCGCUUUUAUCGCUCUCCAGAGGUACUACUGGGAAUGCCUUAUGAUCUUGCUAUUGACAUGUGGUCCCUUGGGUGUAUUUUAGUUGAAAUGCACACUGGAGAACCUCUUUUCAGUGGAGCCAAUGAGGUGGAUCAGAUGAAUAAAAUAGUGGAAGUUCUAGGAAUAGCACCUGCACAUAUUCUUGACCAAGCACCCAAAGCAAGAAAGUUCUUUGAGAAGUUGCCAGAUGGCACUUGGAACUUAAAGAAGACCAAAGAUGGAAAAAGGGAGUAUAAACCACCAGGAACCCGCAAACUUCAUAAUAUUCUUGGAGUAGAAACAGGAGGACCUGGGGGACGUCGUGCUGGGGAAUCUGGACAUACUGUAGCGGACUACUUGAAGUUCAAAGACCUCAUCUUAAGGAUGCUCGAUUAUGACCCUAAGACUAGAAUUCAACCAUAUUAUGCCCUGCAGCAUAGCUUUUUUAAGAAAACAGCAGAUGAAGGUACAAAUACAAGUAACAGUGUCUCUACAAGUCCUGCUAUGGAGCAGUCACAGUCUUCAGGAACCACCUCUAGUACAUCUUCAAGCUCAGGUGGAUCUUCAGGGACAAGCAACAGUGGAAGGGCUCGGUCAGAUCCAACACAUCAGCAUCGACAUAGUGGUGGUCACUUUACAGCUGCUGUCCAAGCAAUGGAUUGUGAAACACACAGUCCUCAGGUGCGCCAGCAAUUUCCAGCUCCUCUUGGUUGGUCAGGCACUGAAGCGCCUACACAAGUCACUGUUGAAACUCAUCCAGUUCAAGAAACAGCGUUCCAUGUAGCCCCUCAACAGAAUGCAUUACAUCAUCAUCAUGGAAACAGCUCCCAUCAUCAUCACCACCACCACCACCAUCACCAUCAUCAUGGACAACAAGCCUUGGGUAACCGGACCAGGCCAAGGGUCUACAAUUCUCCAACAAACAGCUCCUCCACCCAAGAUUCUAUGGAAGUUGGCCAUAGUCACCACUCCAUGACAUCCCUGUCUUCCUCAACUACUUCUUCCUCUACAUCUUCCUCCUCUACUGGUAACCAAGGUAAUCAAGCCUACCAGAAUCGCCCAGUGGUUGCUAAUACCUUGGACUUUGGACAGAAUGGAGCCAUGGAUGUUAAUUUAACAGUCUACUCCAAUCCCCGCCAGGAGACUGGUAUAACUGGACAUCCAGCAUACCAAUUUUCUGCCAAUACAGGUCCUACACAUUACAUGACUGAAGGACAUCUGGCUAUGAGGCAAGGAAUUGAUAGAGAAGAAUCUCCUAUGACGGGAGUUUGUGUUCAACAAAGUCCUGUGGCUAGCUCGUGACUAAAUUGAAACUUGUUUGUUUCUUGUGUGUUUUUAUAGAAGUGGUGUUUUUUUCCAAAAACAAGUGCAAAGCUGCUUGAAUCAGAAGGAGUUUAACACACUGAACCGCUACAAGAGGGCAAAGCUGACUAUUUUUUUAAACUUGAAAAGAUUGCAAAGGGACAGUGAAGUGUUUUUUUUUUUUUUUUUUUUUUUUUAAAAGAGCCAUGUCUAAACCCAUCUUAAUGGAUAUCUCAGAGGUGUUACCUCAUCUUUUGCCUCCCCCAUUUUAACUUGCCACAUCUCAAUCAUAGUGUUUUUGUCUUUCUAUUCUACAAAAGUUAAUGUUCAGAUGUUGGUCUUAGUCAUUUGCCAACUAAUUUUAAAAUAAAAAGUCACUGCAUAUAAUUUACAAAAAGGGCCCCAUGAGGGUUUUUUUGGGUGGGGGGUGGGGUUAUUUGGGUUUUUUAAACCUCCAAACACACAUGGGCACAGAUAUGCAGUACUGUAAGGAAGAGGGACCUUCAGAUUACACAAAAUAUAUUCAGCUCUACAAAGGGACAGUUGUAUUGGAGUUUUUUAGGCACAUUAAGCAUGCUAAGUGGCGGUGAUCAGAAUUCUCCUUUUCUGAACCUACUGAGGAUCAAAGCAGCAAUUAUAAUGGGAUUCUGUGUCUCAUUUUAUAGACCAGAGUCAGAUAGUAUUUGGAACAUGGCUGGCCUCAUAACUAAGGUGCACUGAGAAGCAAUCAACGGGUCAGUUUUGGCCAGUCCUGGGGAGGUCUAAUUGGUGGUCUUUGGGAUAACCUUUGGCCUUAUGGAUUUGGACUCUAAGUUAGAAGAGCCUACCAUUUCAAAUGCAAUCACUAUUGGACAUGCUUUUGCAGACAGUCCUUAAUGCUGAAAACACAGAGAAUGGGUAAUUCAAGAGGCCUUUCUUUUAAAAUAGACUUUUGUGACCCACUAAUUGUAAGGUAUUGCAAGGUCACUUUGUGUCAUAAAGUUGACUUCCUUAUUGGUUGAAGGUCACAGAAGUAGUGGUUUGCGUUUGAUGGAAAUAGCUACAGCUGUGUCCCUUCCUGCUUUUUACUUUUUCUUUUGCUUUUUCUCGGCACGUGGUAUCUCCACCAUUACUUCUGCACAAAGAUGUCUUCUGUUCAUCCUGAACAUUUUAAAAAAUGCAGAAUUUUAUGUGACUGCUUUUUUUGCCUCACAAUUAUGCUGUGAAUUUUACAAAAAUUUAUUUUCUUUUUUUGAUAAUUUAUUGUACCAAAGCUGUUUUUAUAGCACAUAGAUGUCUGUAACCAAUAAUGUAGCAGUUCUGCACUUUGACACAAGGUGUAACUAGACCAUUUUUAAAUGUCAGUUGAAAAUUAUGGCUGUACUAUUGCUUAAACAAAACUGGAACUGUUGUUGAAUUCAUAGCCAAUACAUUUAUAACGAUCUGUGUACUGAACAUAAUAGAUUGACAUCUAAUUCAAGACUAUAACAUCUGUUAACAUUAUAAAUGUCUUCAGGCUUCUGAAGGGAAAAGGGACACAAGAUCUAGAAGCUAUGAAACCAGCAGUAGUUUCUUGUAUUCCUGAUUAACAUUCUUGUAAACUUGAAAGUAAGACCUUGAUUGCACCAACAGGUCCCAAAGUGUUACGAUGAGUGAAGCAAAAAGCUCAUGUAUGUCCUGAAGUUAACAGGCUGUAUUUAACAGGUGCCUAGUUUGAGGUUAUGCUGCCUUAAUGUAACACAGUCUGGCAGUUGCUAAAUUUGUGUUCCCACUUAAAAUUGACCAAUAUUUCUGAGUGGUCGAGUUGUGAGAAUGAAGAUAGAUUAUUUAUUUGUCCAGGAUUAAAAAAAAAAAAAGCCUAGAAAAGAAGCAGUAAUCUACCUCUGCCAAUAAACCCUGUUAAAAAUAACUUAGCAGAACAGCAUAUACUUUUUAUCAGUCGUUUCCAUGUGGCUGACAUGGUCAAUUUUUUUUCUGAACAAAACAGGUUUUUAUAUAUAAGACCUUGAAAAGAGGAGGCCCAAUAUGUGUAAAUGUGAAUGGACACUUGGAAAUAUCAGUUUUAUAACUUUUUUUUAAUUGAAGGAUCCUUAUUUAUUUUGUAUUAAAAUAUCAAGCCUGUGGGUGACAAUUUUUGAACUCAACAGUUCACAGAAGUUUACAAUGAAUGAAAGGUUGUCAUCUUGAGUAUAGCAAUAUUUAAAAAAAAAGAAUCCAAUAGUUACUGCUGUCUUGGUAUAUAAAGUUAAGAUAUUUUAUGGGUCAGGUCAUUUUUUUUUUUUUUCUGUGCUGGUUGCCACAUCUUAGGAAGCACCAAAAAUUAAAGCAGUUUUGAAACCAAUAUUUACAUAAAAACCAUAAAAUCCAAUGCUUCUGCAUACUGUGUUAUGUUACAGUCCAGUUUUGUGUGCUUUACUACACAGUUUGGUUACAGGACUAAUGUGCAUUGUAAACAUAAACAGCAUGGAAAAGGUUAAAUACCUGUGUUCAGAUUGUAAGAUCUAGUCCAGACUUGCUGUGUAUAUUGUAACGUUAAAUGAAAAAAGAAACGCCCUUUGUAUUAUAGUCAUGCAGUCUUAUGUAUGAUAAACAGUUGAAUAAUUUGUCCUCAGACUCUUUACUAUACUUUUUUUUUUAAUUUAAAAAAAAUGUAAAUAUAGUAAAAAUCUUCCUAUGCAAUUACCCUGGUCCAGGUAAUGGUCUGGUAGGUAUACUGGGUAUAACUUUAGUCAAAUAUGUAAAAAUAUUAGUUACAUUGACAUAGGCUUCAAAAAAUUCUGAAAGUAAAAGUUGGAGGUUUAACAGAUCAUUUUGAGUUUUUUUUUUUUUUUUUUAAAGCUUAAUACACUAGUCUUCUGAUUUCUAAGUUUUUAUUCAGGUGUAAAGAUUAGAUGAUUAUUUUUGUAGUUUGAACUAUUUGAAAAAAUUAUUAUUUAAAUUUUCUGGUUACUUUCCCAAAUUGACUGUGAAAUUUUAGGCGCACAUUUCUUAAUGUGUUUCAGAGUAAUUUAAGCAUAUUACUUUUAAAAUAGCCAGAAAAUAUUUCCUUUUCUAGGACAUCCAUAUUUUUUUAGACAUUAGCUUUAGUAAUAAUUUUGGUCAUGUGAAAAAAAUUGGUCUUUUUUUUUUCCUUUUCUGAUAAAGGCAGAUUGGUAAGAUAGUCUUAUGUAAGACAUGUAGGCAAUUCCCUGAAAUAUUUGUUUAUAAGUAACAAAAGACUUUUAUGUAGGCAGUAGCAUUUAAAAAAAAAAACUGAUUUCUAAAAUUCUGGAAAUUGACAUUUAUGUUUAUUUAAUGAGCAUUGGAAAGUAGUUCUUAAAGCAAUUGGAUUGUAAAAAUUCUCUGACGUACAAAAUUAAUAUUAGCUUUAUCCUUGCCAUUGUAUUCUUUAUUUCCAUAAUCCCUAUGUCACUAAGGGAAAAACAAAUAAUUUUCACCUAGAAAGUAACCAAGGUUUUGGUGGGGAUUGUUGGAAAUGGGUGUUUAAAAAAAUUUUUUUUUUGUUUUUGCGUAAACGCUCCUAUAGAAAAAUCAACAAAAGUAAGAAAAAGUUCUCUUCAAUGUAGAUGGCAAUUUUUUUCUAUCUCCUUUCCUUUUACCUGGCCUCUAUUUAAGAUCAUGGAAUUGAGCAUUUCCAUUGCUAAUUUUAUGAUGGAAACUAUAGAUUGCCGACUGACUACUGAUGAGGACACCAUUCACACUUAUUUUAAAGAAAUUAUAUUUUAUUGAGAUAAAAUAGCACGCACAGAUUAUGGUAUAUUAAAAUCUCCUUGGGACAUCUCUUAGGAUAUGAUUUGGGGCAAAUGAAUUAAAAAAUUCUGCUUCCUUUAAGUUUUAACACUGGAAAUAGUUAACCGAUACUUUACAUUUGCUGAAAUGAAAAAAAAAAACUCAUCAAAACAUUUUCCAAUAAAAUUGCCCUUUCUACCAUUUAAGUUAUAAAUGUAUGUAAUACUCUAUAUUUGUGUAUUAUAUGUAUACAUAUAUACAUACAAUAUAAUGUGACAUUUGGACCAGAGCUGUGAUUUCAUUUACUCACCUCUUGGUGAGUAAAGUCCUUCUCUCAGUAAAAGCAACACCUGCUUUUCAGGCAGUUUUUAACGAGUAUGUCCCACAAUCCCAGGAUUUCCUGACUUUGAAGGCAAUUCUCUUUUAUACUACACAAUGCUGCCUCUACCAGGUCCACAUAGGAAUCAAAAUAACAAAGAAGUUCAAGUAAAUAGAAAACCCACCAUAGAUAUCAUGUGUUUAUGGUGUGUUAUUCUUUUUGAUGAAAGAGCAGUUCAAUUUAUAUGUCCACUAAAAAAAAUGUCUUGUGACUGAACACAUUAGGCAUAUUUUGAGGUCUAUUUUUUAUUUAAGGCAUUGAAUGUGAUUGUUUUCUCAGAGGAAUCAUUAAGGUAAGUAUGAUUUCUCUUUAUGUUCCACAUUGGAAUCGAGGAGGGGGGGGGGCAGUAUUUUAUAGAGCUUUUCCUUAACAUUGGAAAUGACAUAUUUGUGUUAAUAGUGAUUUGCUUGAUCCAUUUUUGUCUUUGAAAAUGAUUGAGUUACAAAAUAUUUCUUUAAACAGAAAACUAUCUUCUUUAUCCCAAAGAACUGUAUUUUCUCACAUUUUUUUACAUUUGGGGACAGAUAUUUUCCCACUAGGACAGAUGUUGACAAUCUAAUUCACAGAACUUUUGAAAACUUCAGAGGAGCUGAAGUGGUACAUAAAAGGCCUCCUUUAUUUCUACCGAGUUUAGUUUUUGAUGGCUGAUCCAAAUCCAGAGGGGCUUCUGUACAACAAACCAUCAGGAUGGAAAUUUUGUGGCACAUCACAUAAUAUUGUUGGAAAAUGGUGGGUGGGUUAUGACAAGAACAAAAAAUACAAAACUGGAGAAGGAACAAUCUCUACAGAUAUAAAAGGAAUUCAUUCUUCAUGUGAAGAUUAUACCAAAGUUUAUAACUGUCUCUUAUACCUAGCAUGACCAAGUAUUAUUAAAUUUGUCCAAAUAAUACUUGAUAGGAUUUUCCAGAUUGCCACAUUUAAGUUAAAUCACUUAAAUAUUUACGUACAUUUUGCAUGUUCCCAAAACACUGCAGACUAUUUGGCUAUUUUCAAUUCAAAUUUUUUAAAUUGGGGGACCCUUAGGAUAUUAGAUUUUUGUUUGAAUCUUUAUCAAUCGUUUUGUAAUCCAAGGUUCUCUCACCAGAAAUGUACAGCAGAGGUGGGAGAUAACACAGCCAAAGAAAGAAUAAAAUGGUAUAUAAUGAGAAUCACCAAAAGUCUCGCCUAGUAGUGAAAAUUGGGAAGGCUAAUAGACAUCUUUUGUUAAUGGUUCUCUAGUUCAAAGGUAAGUAUGCUGAACUUAAGCGGGACAUGCAUCUUACAAUUAAAACCUGACUAGUGAGAAACAUUACAUUUUUUGAUUAGGCAAAGGGGAGAGCUCAUAUUGUGAAUUGCAGUUGGGAAAGCACAUUUGGUUAAUCACUUCUCAGAGUUUACCCAAUAAUAAUAACAACUCAAUAAUGGAGGAAAGGGGAGGGAGAUAUUAAAUCUAAUAAAUGGAAACUUUGAUGAUUUAAAAUAUGUUUUUAAUUUAAGAAUAUAUUUUUGAAAGAUUUGUGUUUGCCUGUAAUUUGAAAGAAAUGUUAAUAUUUUUAAAAGCAUGAACAGAUUUUGUUGUGUUGGGAUUAUAUUCUGAUUCUUUGAAAUAGUGUAGAACUGGUAUUGGGAAUGAUUUGUCCAAACAAAGAAUAGAUAACUUUCUACUACUUUUUGACUUAAACUAAUAAUAUUUUGAAAAACUAUUUUGAAUAUUUUCAAAAAUGCAGUGCCUAAAAGGGUGAUGAAUGAGAAUUUCCUAAGUGCUUUAAAUUUUUUUGAUAUGUUGGUGUUUUACAAACUUUGUUUUUCUUGACUGACUUAUUUUUGUCCCCAACAAAUAGCUAUCAGAAAGGAUUGCUUUGAUAAGCCAUUAAAUGGUUUUAAGUUAGUUUUAGGUGUGACAUGUUAUUUUAUUUUCUACUCUGUUGCAAGUAAACAAUAAGUGUGUCAUAUUGAAUUCAAUCUAAUAGGAUGUGAUAUCAUACAAGUAUUUUGAACAUCACUGGGGUUUUAAAAGGAUAUUACAGAAUAGCUAAAAGCUCAUCAUGUGACAUUUGGUGUUGGUAUAAAAUAUUAACUGGAUUUAUUAUUGUCAGACAGUUUUCAUUCCCACAACCUGGGGAUAGUGAUAGUAAGGAGAUUAUGGUGGCAUUUAAUUGACACUAGCAAAAAAAAAAAAAAAAAAAUCAGAAG